CGGGACGCUUAGUAUAAAAGCCUGGAGCAAGGAGAAUGACAUCAGUUUUGAGUGCAUUGAUUAGUUGAAUAAGCAAUUGGAGGGGGUUAUUGACUUUGGCAUGAAUAAAAAGCUGGUAGAACUAAAACAUGAAGAACUGGUUCUCCAUGGCGGAAACCUUGAGAAUUUUUGUUGCAAGUAUUCUGUUUUGCUUGCUGGUAGCUUUGAUUAAUUUUCUUCACAAAGUAUGGUGGAUGCCAAGGCGGAUUCAGCAUGUAUUUUUUUCACAAGGCAUCAAAGGCCCUCCUCCCAGAUUCCUUCAUGGCAAUACCAUAGAAAUCUCUGAGAUGAGGCAGAAUUUCAUGAACAGAAAGGUGCAGUUAUCACAUGACAUCUUCCGAACUCUCCAGCCACACAUCUACUUGUGGACUAAAAUAUAUGGAAAGAAUUUUCUGCACUGGCCUGGUGCUAGAGCUGAAUUGGUUGUAUCAGAGCCAGAGCUUAUAAAGGAACUGCUGUAUGACAACGAACAGUCUUUCUGCAGAUCAGAUGUCGAUAGACAUUUGAAAAAGAUACUAGGAAAAGGGAUUUUGACAUCUGAUGGCGAAAAAUGGUUGAAAUUGCGGAAGCUGUCGAGUCAAGCCUUUCAUGCUGAAAGCUUAAGACAUAUGAUUCCAGCAAUGAUUGAAAGCGUUGAGCUGAUGCUUGGAAGAUGGAAGAAUUAUGAGGGGAUGGAGAUAGAUGCCAGUGAAGAAUUCAGGGUGUUGACUGCUGAAGUUAUCUCUAGGACAGCAUGUGGGAGCAGCUAUUUAGAAGGCCAAGAUAUCUUUCAGAUGUUGAGGAAGUUGGUGGUCUUAUCUAGCAAAAAUUCCUACAAAACUAAGCUUCCAAUCAUCAGCGUCUUCAAAGAUAGAUAUGAUCUGGAAGCAGAUAAACUAGAGAAAAGGGCUCGAGAUUCUGUUUUAGAGAUGGUGAAGAAAAGACAGAAAGAGAUCAGCUCUAGAGAAGAUUUUCUGGGAUUACACUUAAAAGCUCAUUCUGCUUCCGAUAGGAACAGUAAAAUUACAGUGCAAGAAAUAAUUGAUCAAUGCAAGACCUUUUACAGCGCUGGACAAACCACAGCAUCUAUAUUGCUUUCAUGGACCAUUCUUCUUCUAGCAAUUCACACCGAUUGGCAAGAAAAAGCCCGGGAGGAGGUAUUCGAAUUGUUUGGUCAGCAACCUCCAAAUCCAGAAGGGAUUUCAAGAUUGAAAACGAUGAGCAUGAUCAUUAAUGAGUCUUUAAGACUAUAUCCUCCCUCAGUUUACAUACAAAGAAAAGCUAAGAAGGGAGCAAAAUUAGGGAAGCUCAUUCUGCCUACAAAUACAAAUGUACAUGUUCCAAUCCUAGCAAUUCAUCAUGACCCCAAACUAUGGGGCAAAGACGCACAUAUUUUCAAUCCAGAAAGAUUCUUGAGUGGGGUUGCUGCAGCAACCAAGAACAAUCCAGCAGCAUUUCUGCCGUUUAGUCUGGGACCUCGAACUUGUGUUGGAGCAAAUUUUGCAACUCUUGAAGCCAAGAUCUCACUGUCAAUGAUUUUGCAACGCUACACCUUUACACUCUCCCCAAACUAUGUUCACUCACCAGUACAAAUCUUAUCCCUUCGACCCCAGCAUGGAGUUCAAGUAGUGAUUCGUCCUCGGUAAUAUGUAUACAAGGUUCCAAAUACCAAUCAUAAAGUUUAGACAUUGUUGAUAAAAUAUCGAGGUCGGGUAGGUCACUAACUCUGUAAAAUAUGCUAAGGUAUUAUGUGUCUCAUUGAUUUUCACAUGAUCUGAUUUAUAGUUUAGUAGCACAAUAAGAGUUUUGAGGGGGGAAAAAAAAUCUUUCUAGAUGUUAUACCCAAUUAUUACUUGGUUGGACAUAUUUUUAGAGCAACACUAGAUCUAUUCGUGUAUGCUGACAAGAAGUCGAACCUAAUUGAGUUUUGACUUGGAACC